GGCCACCACUCACCUCCAGUCCACACCAGCGCCCACGGCCCAUGGAGCCACAGCUGCUCCUCCUGCUCCUUGGGUUCUGCUCAGCUGGCCUCGUCCUGGGCUCCGAACAUGAGACCCGCCUGGUGGCAAAGCUAUUUGAAGAUUAUAACAGUGUGGUGCGGCCAGUGGAAGACCACCGCCAGGCUGUGGAGGUCACCGUGGGCCUGCAACUGAUCCAGCUCAUCAACGUGGAUGAAGUAAAUCAGAUUGUGACAACCAACGUGCGACUGAAACAGCAAUGGGUGGAUUACAACCUAAAAUGGAAUCCAGAGGAGUAUGGCGGCGUGAAAAAAAUCCACAUUCCCUCAGAAAAGAUCUGGCGCCCAGACCUCGUUCUCUAUAACAAUGCAGAUGGCGACUUUGCCAUUGUCAAGUUAACCAAAGUGCUCCUGGACUACACCGGCCAUAUCACAUGGACACCCCCGGCCAUCUUCAAAAGCUACUGUGAGAUUAUCGUCACCCACUUUCCCUUUGACGAACAGAACUGCAGCAUGAAGUUGGGUACCUGGACCUAUGACGGCUCGGUGGUGGCCAUCAACCCGGAAAGUGACCAACCAGACCUAAGCAACUUCAUGGAAAGUGGAGAAUGGGUGAUCAAGGAGUCCCGGGGCUGGAAGCACUGGGUGUUCUAUGCCUGUUGCCCCUCCACCCCCUACCUGGACAUCACCUACCACUUUGUCAUGCAGCGCCUACCCCUCUACUUCAUCGUCAAUGUCAUCAUUCCCUGCCUGCUCUUCUCCUUCUUAACUGGCCUGGUGUUCUACCUGCCCACGGACUCAGGAGAGAAGAUGACUCUAAGCAUCUCAGUCCUGCUGUCCUUAACUGUGUUCCUCCUGGUCAUCGUGGAGCUGAUCCCUUCCACCUCCAGUGCCGUGCCCUUGAUUGGGAAAUACAUGUUGUUCACCAUGGUGUUUGUCAUAGCGUCCAUCAUCAUCACCGUCAUUGUCAUCAAUACACAUCACCGGUCCCCCAGCACCCACGUCAUGCCCGACUGGGUACGCAAGGUUUUUAUCGACACUAUCCCAAAUAUCAUGUUCUUCUCCACAAUGAAAAGACCAUCCAGAGAAAAACAAGACAAAAAGAUUUUUACAGAAGACAUUGAUAUUUCUGACAUUUCUGGGAAGCCAGGGCCUCCACCCAUGGGUUUCCACUCUCCCCUGAUCAAACACCCCGAGGUAAAAAGUGCCAUUGAAGGAGUCAAAUACAUCGCAGAGACCAUGAAGUCAGACCAGGAGUCCAACAACGUGGCCGAGGAAUGGAAGUAUGUUGCAAUGGUGAUGGACCACAUUCUCCUUGGAGUCUUCAUGCUCGUCUGUAUCAUUGGAACCCUGGCCGUGUUUGCAGGUCGGCUCAUUGAAUUAAAUCAGCAAGGAUGAGCAGUGCUGAGCACUAGGCAGAGAAGAGAAAGGCGGGGAAGACAGAAAUAUCUGUCUGCUUUGAUACAAGCUCACUUAUCAGACAUCGAAUUUUCUGUAUUUAUGAUUAAUGAUAAUGAUUUUUAUUUACAUAAGGUGAUGGCCUCAAGUAUUUUCACAGUACUUCUUCAAUCCGGCUCUAUCUGCCUGUAGAGUGAGCCCUUUGUAGUACAUGAAACGGGAUCACUAACAAGAUGUAUUCGUUUCCAAAGGCAUCUGGAAGAGUUUUGCCCAGAAUAACAGGUUUUCUAUUUUUUUUUUUUUAAGCAAAGAAUGUGUCCUUUGCUUAAAAGUCAGUUUUGUACAUGCAAGUAAGCCCAUCUGCCAGUCCCCAAAAGAUAAAGCAUUUGAUUCAGAGAGAAAAGGAAACUGUAGAAAGGCAACCACUAAGUUCUAAAACAGCCACCAAAAUGCAAAUUGCAUCAAAAACGCAUGCUAUAAAGCAGAUUUCUAGAGCUGGGAGGUGAGGGAGGGGCUUCCCAAUCUAACACAGCACCUGAGUAUGCUGCUCAAGGCUUGAGGAACACAGCCAGCUAGCUUCCUGAGCUAUACCGAGUGUGAGGGCCAGGCACUGUGGGAAUUGUCUCAGGAAUGUGGUUUUAUUCCAUCCUCCUGACUUUCAUAAUGUCCCUAAUUUUACAAAUGAGAAAGCCGAACUUGAGAAGCCUAAGUUCAUUGCCCAAACUAGCAAGGACAAGAACUGAGAGUUGAACCCAGACCAAAUGUGGAUUCAAAGCAGCGCAGGGCUGGGUCAGUUCAUCUGCUUACUUGCUCCCCUGGCCCCUGCUCACCUGAUCUAGGCCAUCCUGUAACUCUGCUCAGGGUUUGGAGAGCUUCGGUCUUAGUGUCAACCACCUUUCUGCCCUUCCCAAUUAAACCUCCUGCCCUUUCCCCCAGUCCUCAUCCAGUCCUGCUUGGGGUUUUUGUUCUAUCAAUGAAAUCAGACAUGUAUGCACAUACCACCACCAUUCUUAAAAUUCCAGACAAGUGAACAGGAGAGAAAAGGAUGUUUCUUCAUAGCCACUUUCCAGCCACAAUGUAAUUCACUCCAGAAGUAGAAAGUGGGCAGCCCUGGGCUCUGGGUGGCCUCUCCGAUCCCAGGUGGUUUCGAGCUACCUCUCCAUGGAAUUCUCGAGCACACACCCAUGGCAGGACAGAGUGCUUUCAUUUUAGAGUAAACUCAAGGGAAAACAGUUUGGUGGUUCCUCAAAAAAUUAAACAUAGAAUUUUCAUAGGAUCCAGUAAUUCUACUCCUAGGUAUAUACCCAAAAGUGAAAGCAGGGACGUGAACAGACAUGUGUAUGCCAAUGUUCACAGAGCGUGAAAUCACAAUCCCAAAAGGUGAAAACAGCUCAAGUGUCCAGCAGUAGAAAAGCAGUAUAUACAUACAAUGGAAUAUUAUUCAGCCUUAAAGAGGAAUUCUGAUGUAUGUUACAAUAUGGAUCAACCUUGAAAGCAUACUUGGUGAAAUAAGCUAGACACAAAAGGACAAAUCUUGUGAUUCCACUUAUAUGAGGUACCCAGAAGAGGCAAAUUCAUAGAAAAAGUAGAAUAGAGAUUGCCAGGGUUUAGAGGGAGGGGUGAGUUAUUGCUCAAUGGGUAGAAUUUCAGAUUGGGAGGAUGGCAAAGUUCUGGAAUGGACAGUGGUGAUGGUUGUACAACGUUGUGAAUGUACUUAAUGCCACUGAAUUGUACACUUAAAAAUGGUCACGAUGUUAAAUUUUAUGCAUAUUUUACCACAAUUAAAAUAAAGAAUGAAAACAAUGGUAAAACUGUAA